AUGCUCCCCCACCCUCGCAAGAGCGAGUCCGACUAUGACGGCGCCACCGCUGUCGGUGACAACCACUCUGGACCCACGCCCAAGAACAACGGCUUCAACAACGGAUAUCUCGUCCCGGAGCCUCCCCUCAAGGUCCCUCGCGGCCCUCGUGGUUCUCCCAACGUCGUUGCCGACCUCCCCUUCGUUGACGCCACCGCCUACCUUGACGAGAAGCACCCCCUCCUCGUCCGCAUUGGCAAGGAGGGUGUGAUUGGGGCCCUCCACGACCUCAACAAGGAACUCAUUGCCUCGGGCCACUCGGCCCUCCUCUCUGACAAGCGUCCUCACCAGCUCGUGGGCCGCGAGGUCAACCCCGGUUCAUUUGGCCUGUACGAGUACGCCUCGGGUCCCAAGAUCCUCCUGCACCCUGGUCGCUACCCUGGUACCCCGCUCGCCAACUGGAUCGGAUGCAGCUGGAAGGGCACCUACGACAUGGCCACCAACUUUCCUCCCCUGCAGCAGUCGAGUGGCGUCCUCGUCCCCGACGCGGCCCUGUCCAAGCUGGGUCUCACCAUUGUGCAGGUCUCGCAGAACCAGGCUGCCGUCUGCCUCGACCCGCAGAACCGUGUCUUUGUCGUCGCCGACGGGGGUUUCGUCGCCAUGGCUACCGACGGCGCGUACCGCGUCCUCGGCCUCGUUGACCAGACCCACCUGCGCAACAAGGUCUCGGACCCAUACUCGAAGCAGACUCUGGGCCACACACAGCAGAUCAGCAUGCCCUCGGGCCACGUCGCGGCGACUUUCCUCGACAUUCCCGCCAACAACGUCGCCAUCCUCCAGCGCAAGAACGAGCUCUUCCAGCUCACUGCGGGCCAGCACCACCUCACCACAUCGGCAGUCACGAUCCGUGGAUACUUUACCCUCUCGGAAGUGCAGCAGGAGCUCGAGGCGUCCAACAUUUACACGCGCGACUCGGUGCCCGUCUACCUUCGCCUGUACAUUCGCUACCAGCUCAACGAGCCUCUCCUCCUCGCCCGCCACGGCUACCCUACGCCAUUCGACGCGCUCCAGGACAAGACGCGCUCGAUACUCACGCAAAUCAUUGCCCACCUCGACUACUCGAGCAUGGCCCGCACGCGUACCGCCGCGCCCGACGGUAUCACGCACAUGGACGACAACAUGGAGGAGGACGUCGGCGCCGUGUUUGUCUCUGCGGUCCGCACGCAGGCGAUUGACGAGCUCAAGGUCGCGGCAGCAGAGUACGGCAUCACGCUCGAGGACCUUGCGAUCAUUGACCGCAAGUUCAAGGGCGAGAUUGCGGCCAAGCUCGACUCGCUGACCACACGCGCGCUCGAGGCCCAGGUCGAGUCGGCCAACCUCGACCGCGAGAACGCCAACAAGCGCCGCAAGCAAGAGGGCGAGGCCAAGGUCCUCGAGCUGCAGAACGCCAUGAAGCGCGCGACGGCGGAAACCGAGGCCGCCAACAAGGUGCAGGCGGCGCGCGCGUGGGCCGAGGCGCACCUCAUCGAGGCGGACGCCCAGGCCAACGCGACCAAGAUGAAGGCCGCGGCCGACGCCGAGGCCAUCCGUAUCCAGGCCCAGGCCGACGCCGAGAUCCACGACGAGUUUGCGCGCGCACUCGCCAGCAACCGUGUCGAGGUCCUCCGCACAAAGGCCUAUGGCAACAACACCGUGUUCGCACCCCUCGAGGCCCUGAACACGGGCGGCAUGGUCGGCAUGGGUCUUGCCGCUGGCGGUCUGUCGCGCGCCAACACCAUCGCCGCGCCGGCGCGCAAGUAG